AUGAAUAGCUUAUGGCUCAAAUAGAUAGGUCAGAGGCCCGGGAUAAAAGACCAAGAAUACAGACUUACAGCCCAACUAGCAUUUCAAUGCCCAUUUUCUGCCAUCAGUGGUCAGUGUUGUGUUGCUCAUCCACCAUUGCCACUUCCUGAAUUCGUCAAAUUAGGGCAUCACAGCAAACAGUUCUGAACAAGUCCCAAGCCCUCUAGAAUCAAUCAGCCAUGAAGGUGCGAUCAUCGGUGAAGAAGAUGUGUGAGUUUUGUCGGACAGUCAAACGUCAUGGGAGAGUAUAUGUACUAUGCUCAGCCAAUCCCAAGCAGAAGCAACGGCAGGGCAUCUCAACAUUUGCAUAUGAAGGGCAACUGCCUCCUGCGUCCUUGGAGGCGAGUGUCAAGGAGGAGGCUUCACUCAGUCAUUUGCGUGCUGGUCUGCCUUCUCUUAUACCUGAAAAAAAAGAAGCCUCUGUGAUACCUUGGUGGGCAGUGGGCUUGGCUUCUGUUCUAUUCAAUCAAAGGCAAUAAGCUGUAGAAUACAUGGAUCAACAAAUUCCAACUUAACUCUUCAACAGAUUGCAUCUGUUUCGCCCUCCUUCAAUUUUGUCUUGCAGUACCACUUAUUGAUGUUACUUUUUUGCUAUAUGUUCUCUCUACUUCUCUCCUUCCCUCCCCCCCCCCCCCC